AUGACCUGCUGCGAGGGAUGGACGUCCUGCAACGGAUUCAGCCUGUUGGCCCUGCUUCUGCUGGGAAUCGUGUUCAAUGCGAUACCUCUCGUGGUCAACAGAGUCGAGAAUGGGCAGUCUUUCCAAAACCCCAUCUCCUGCUUUGAGUGGUGGUUCCCAGGAAUUAUAGGAGCGGGUCUGAUGGCCGUUCCAGCAACAGUGAUGUCCCUGGGAGCCAGGAAAAGAGCCUGCUGCAACAACAAAACCGGGAUGUUUUUUUCAUCGCUCCUGAACGUCAUCACCGUCAUCGGCGCUGCGUACUGCGUGCUGGUUUCUCUGCAGGCUUUCAUGCAAGGUCCUCUCAUCUGUAAUGAUCCAGGCAACGGCACUGCCAGUUGUGAAUUUUCAAAAGACAGUUUCAGGAUUCAUCCCGAAUCCUUCAACCUGCAGUGGUUCUUGAGUGACUCUUGCGUACCUCCUACCAGCUCGACUCCCACCGUGAAUGACACGAUGCCCCAUAACAGGAGGACAUUCGGCUUGCACUUCAGUUCUAAAACAGACAAACACAAGACUAUCCACUUCGUGGUAUUUCUAGGCCUGCUGCUGGUGGGGAGUCUUGAGUUCCUGUUUGGGCUCAGUCAGAUAAUCAUCGGUUUCCUGGGCUGUCUGUGUGGGGUCUCCAAGCGACCAAGAGGUCUCAUUGUGUAAUUUGAUGGCAACAAAAUGGAAAUAUAAACAGUUUGGCUCAUCUGAGAACUACGUUUCAAAGACACCCUUUUAGAAGUUAGAAGCUCAAUAAAGGAACAUUAUCUAGGAAGCAGUAUCAGUCCUUUUAGUCCAAGAGAUGUGUUUUUUUUAAAGUCACCUGUAAUGUGAUUUAAAGAAGUCAGCCUUUUCCAUAUAAAAUAAAGUGUGUUGGUAAAUGCGUAAUGCUUUCAUGUGAAGAAGUGAAGUCCAUCAGCAGUUGACUUGGGGAGCAAUGAGGAGCAGAUUUGGGUGUUUUGCAUCUUUCUGUACUGUUUGCAUUUCCUAACUCUAUUCUUGUGUGUGGACAGGAAGGGAGGGAAAGGGAGGAAAAUGGGUGAUGGAGGGAAGGCAGGCAAGAGGUUCGGAACAGAAGUUACCCUGGAAGUAAGAGUAUGGGACCUUUUGCUUGCAUUCUUUUUAAGAAAAAGUAAUAAAUAUCUAACCUGAAUGCACUCAAGUUUUUAGGCUGAAUUCCUCGCUUACAGGAAAUCCAGGGACAGACACUCAAACUCAAAUGCUAAAGGUAGGGCAGCAAACAGACAAUAGCCUUCUGUUUACAUCAAGAAAAUGUACAGGGGAAAUGAACAGAGGGAUGUGCUGAGGGAGCUGUUCUGUACUGAGAACAGAGAUGGGCCCCCACUGAGUGUGUGGUGUGGAGCUGGCUGGGAAAAUCAAGGAAACUUGCACAAGCAUUGGUGUGGGUGAUACUAAGGACUUACUGUGAAUUUUUAUCUCUGAUAAUGGCUUAAUGGUUAUACAGGAAAAUGUCUUUAUUUUUUAGAAGUGCGUAUGUAUGUGUUUGGGAGAAAAUGUCAUGUUUUUAAAAUACUUCAACCAAGCUCUAGCUGCCGUCUUGCUUCCCCACGUGUGCGCCUAUUCUCAGCU